UCCCCACAACCCCACAUGACUCUCCUUAUCUCUCUCUCACUUCUUAAAUAACUCUAUCUCACCACCCUUCACCACCAAUAAUAAAUACCCCCCUCUUCCAUUUAACAUUCUAACAAUAUAUGCAUACCCUCUUCUUCUAUCUAGUCUUCUUCAUUUCACACUUUUUUGCCACUUUCUCUAUUCAAUUCUCCUUCACAUUUCACCACUACUACAAUAUAAUAAUAAUAAUAAUGGCUUUGAGAAAAUCUACUAGGCUUCAUCAAGCACCACUUCUCAAGCAAAUUCUCAAGAGAUGCUCAAGUUUAGGGAAGAAGCAAGGCUUUGAUAAUGAUGUUCCAAAGGGUCACUUUGUUGUGUAUGUUGGAGAGAAUAGAAGCAGGUACAUUGUCCCAAUUUCAAUUCUAAGGUGCCCUAGCUUCCAAACUUUGCUCCAUCAAGCUGAAGAAGAGUUUGGUUUUGAUCAUGAAGGAGGUCUCACUAUCCCUUGUCAUGAGGAUGUUUUUGAGUCUCUUGUUACAUCAUCCAUUUAGGUCAUAGAUUGUUGUUUUUGUUCUUAUUUUGGAAAAAAAAAAACAACAAA